AUCGAGACUGUGUUAUUAGUAAUGAUUCGGAAUAAAUUGUUCACAGUAUUUUGCAGGCUUUGAUUUAUAACGAUCAAGAUGUUUGAAAUGACUUAAGGGAAAGGAAAUAAUACAAUCGACAUGGCCUCGGUCAAGGUAGCAGUAAGAGUGAGGCCCCUUAAUAAAAGGUAAGUCAAAAUGAAGCAAUUGAUUCGGCCGUUCUAGCAGAACGCCGGUUGAAAAUUCUCGGUGAUCGAUGUCUGGCGUUUAAAUAUCUGUAAAAUGUAUCCGUUGGUAAUUUCAGGGAGCGAGACAUGGAUGCCAAAGUUUGUAUCCAAAUGGAAGGCAAGAAGACGACAAUUACAAACCCUGGUGUAAGUGAAAUUUCAUGUUUUCUCGUCGCUGUACGUAGGAGGUUAUUUUACUGCAGUUGUGGUUGUUCCAAAUUAUUCGACGAAGAAAUUGAAUUUCAGCUUCUUUGAUUUCAGAGCGAAGACAAAGAUUUUACAUACGAUUUCUCUUACUGGUCUGCAGAUAGUUCAGACCGUCACUUCGCUUCACAGGAACAGGUAAAAAUAUUCUAUUCGUCCAAUUCAUAAUAUAAUUGGAACCCGAUCGGGCCGAAGGAAGUUUAAGUGCGAAGUCCUUCGAACGUCAUUCUGCAUACAUAAUGAAAUAUUGAAAGAUAUUCACGUACAUUUUCGAUGAAAUCGUUAACUUUUCGAAGUUUCUUUUCAAGUUAGACCGUAGCUAAGUGGUUGUUCAUUUUUAUAUUUGACCUCCAGUUGUUUGUUGCGCUAAAUUACUUUAUGGUUGUUCAGUUUUAUUUGUGUGAUUUUUGGAUGUCUUACUGUUUUGCAAGUCAAAUUAAUUAAGAGAGAAUGAAGGAAUGGUUUUUCUUUUUUCCAAGGGUAUCUUGACGGUUUACAUUUAUAGUAGUCAGUAAAUGAACUUAAAUAAAAUAAAUAGUAAAGAAAAGAUGAAUUUUAUACAGUUUAAAAUAUGUUAAAAUGUAAUAAUUUUUCACUUAUAAUCAAAAAGAAACCCAAGAGUAAAUAUAUUUACGUACAUAUCAAGGCGAUUCAUUCUUUCUCUAAAAUCUGAUAUCUUUGAUACAAAAAAAUAAUUGAGUAUGUCGCUGUUGACUAUACUUAUUGAAAACUGCGACUAAAUUUAGACCUCAAGACUUGGAUUUCAAUCUAACAGACUUCCUUACUUUCCAUAUCAGUGUGCUAAACAACAGAAACAAAUUUGGUGAGCUGAAAUUCACAAUGUCAAUGUAAAAUCUGAUUAUAAAUGUUUUAUAAGGUUAAACAUUGAUCCAACAAAAAAGAAGUGGUAUAGCUGAACUUUAUUAGUAUCUUCUUUAAAAUGACCAGCAUUAAUUAGAUUAUGUGACACAGUUCCUAGACAGACAGAAUUCAAUAAAAAAAAAAAGUGAAGUCAAGAGAGUUAAAUGUGAAAUUGAGUUUAUUUCUGUACUGUACAAAGCGACAGAAUUGAAUUUUGUGGUUUUAGCUUGAGAGUAUAUUUACCCACACUUUUGAUUAACUGGAUAAUACAUUUGUUUCAAUAGAAUAGUUGUUAGAAUAGUUGUUAAUGGUCCACACUCCAAAUCUUUGGAAACAAGGUAUUAAUUAUAGCUAAAAUAGAAAUAUUUGCUUAAAUUUACAAGUAAACUUUCCAGUAUGAGUAUUGAGGAGCAACCAACUUGUUCAUUUUACGUGAUGUUUUUAUGAGGAUUUAGCUCUUUGAAAACUUUAGAAGUUUGAAAUUUUAAGGGUAAAGUAUUUUGGUGAUAUGAUAGAUAUUACAUAACUUAGUCACAAAAAUCUUAAAAAAGCUUGAAGUUUACUUACUCUGUUAUUCCUUCAGGUGUUUGAAGAUUUGGGUACAGACGUGAUACAGGCAGCGUUUGAAGGUUACAAUGCCUGUAUUUUUGCUUAUGGUCAGACAGGGGCUGGUAAAUCUUACAGUAUGAUGGGACAGGAGGUAACAAAACACAAUUAACUAUUUUUUUACAUUGAAGACCACUGGGACCAUCAUUAAUUUGGUGUCCAUAAUAGCACUCUUUCAUUAUGCAUUCUGAUUGUCUAGGUGAGAGUUGAUCCAACAAGGACUGUUGUUUGUGAUUUUGACUGAUGUUUUGAUAACCUCAGUAACUCAUUAUCUGAGUAGCUCUGUUAUUGUUUUUGGCUAAGGUUGUUGAAAACUUAGUCUCUAGUACAGACAAUAGUCCUUAAGAUUGCAUAUACUUUCAUGCAAAUGAUCAGACUACAUAACAAAAUGUUACUCUCUGGUUCAAACCAUUUACUGUUCAAAGUAAUAACAAUAAUCUGCCAUUAUCAUGGUAGAUGUUAAAGGUGAGCCAGUUUUUUAUUGUUUAGUGUCAUGUAUAACAUUUUUAAACUGCUAUGUCUUUUUUUAUGAUAGAGCAGUUCCUUUAACUUGUUGUUCACAUGUACAAAUGCUUCAAGUAGAUUUUUUAACUUUGUGCAACAUGGAGGUCAAAAAUUCUGCUACAGGCAGAGUUGUUUCCAUACAGUUUUCAGUAGUUUUGGUGAGAGAUUCACGUGUGAAUUAAAAAAAUUGCAUUUUGACUUGCAAAUGACAAUUAUGCGUAGGCAAAAAAAUUAUCUCAUUUGUGAACUGCAGUUUAAGAAAUAGCGGAAAAAAAAGCCUGAAAAGUAAGGCUGUGACAUGAUUGAAACACCUGCUUCUCAGAUACUAGUCCAUUGAUACUCUUAACCCUUUAACUACCAUGAGUGACCAAGUCAGAAUUUCUCCUACAAUAUCAGGACAAUAUCAGUACAAUAUCAGGACAAUAUCAUUACAAUAUCAGCACAAUAUCACUACAAUAUCAGUACAAUAUCAUGCAGACAAGUGAUGAGAGUAAAGAAAAAUAUCAGUUAGAGGAUUAUUAGUUAUUCCAAUACCAAAUUCUCCAAACUAACAUCUCAAGAACUAUGUGGCAGGCAAUAAGGAGAAUUACCAAUGAGAUCUUUGGAGUUAAAGGGUUAACAAAGAUAAUAAGCCACAUAUUAACUCUUAAACCCUUAUGGGUGACCAAGGCAGAAUUUCUCCUUAGAAUAUCAAUGUAAUAUCAAGUUGGCAAGUGAUGACAAUGAAGAAAAUAUCAAUUAGGGGAUUUGCUUGUUGAUCCAAUACCAAAUUCUCCAUUCUAUACAAUUAUUGUAUAGGAAACAGUGAAGAGAAUUGCCAAUGAGACUUUGGAAGUGAAAGUUAAAUGAUGUCAUUGUUAAAUCAAUGUUUAAUUGAACUAUGGCAAUUGAUUUUUGAUAAUAUUAUUUUUUUGUAGACUGCACCAGGAUUGAUACCAAGAAUAUGUCAGGUACUCUUAAGAUUUUUGAUAAGUUGAAAAUUCAAAAACAUUUGAAAAUAACUGUACUUCAACUCUGCUUUUUAACAUUGAGGUACAAUUAGAUUUCAUAUCCUUAUAAAUUGAAUGGUCAUUUACCAGUAAUUAAUAUCCUAUUUAAUUUAUGCAGUAUGUAUUUCAUUAAAAUGGCUAUUUAUUUUUCGGUGAUAUAUUUGGUAUCUGUGACAAAUUAUUAAAUUCAUUAUUUAUUACUCGUAUUUAUAUGUUAAUUUGAGGCAAGGGAUUAAUUCUUCACCCAUUAUUAAUUAUUAAUUAAUUAAUCAUUAUUAUUAAUUAUAAGUGUAAAUUACAUGAAUUUAUUUAACAGGGUCUGUACGCUCGCAUGGAAUCAAGUGGCGAUGACAAGACUGAAUUUAGGACUGAAGUUAGGUAAGUGUUUCCAUGUUUUUGUUGUGGUCAUCAAACUUACAAUUCUUCUGUGUUAUUUUUUGAGAAAAUAUCAUUCAUCAAGUCUAAUGAAUAUUUUCUUUGUUAGUUACCUGGAGAUUUACAAUGAAAGAGUGGGUGAUCUCCUUCGACCGGCUAAAGGAAGAGAGAAAUUUAAUCUCAAAGUGAGAGAGCAUCCAAAGGAAGGUCCAUAUGUACAAGGUAUGUUAAAGGACUGAAUUUACUUUACAGAAAAAACCCAAAUGUCUGUAAUGAGUAUGGUGGUAAAACUGGUUUGUUAACCUAUCGUGCUUGUGUGACAGGAAAAAUAAUGUUUUUCUUUACUACGUUUAUAUGUCAGUCAGUUAGGAGGCUGGUGUCUAAGAUCUCAGGUUUAAAAACCAACAUGUUUCCAAAGUUUAUUCUUAUGUGAGUAGCAUGAAGCAAUUGGGGGUAUUGUUAAUCCUUUAGAAUGAGAUGGUUGAGUAUCACAGGUUCUCCCUUAGAAUAAUGUCAAGUAUCUCGGACAUUUUUUGCUCACUCUAUGUGCUAUACUUAUGACACUACGUGUAAGAGUUACAUGUAGGGCUUAUCUUAAGGACAGAACACACUGAUCCAAUGGAAGGCUUACUCUAUGUGGGUGUUGUACACACACGCGUUUUGAAAGAGUCAUUGGCUCAAAAAUAUAUUUAUUAUGAUAUUUUAGAUUUAACAAAACAUGUUGUGAAAGAUUAUGAAGGAAUAGAAAAUCUGAUGGAAGAAGGAAACACAAACAGGUAAUGGUGAUUGUACAACUACUACUACAAUAACCACUAUGUUGAUGAUUUUCAAUUUUAUACAUCUUGGAAUUUGUAACCAUCAUCAUACUGUACACAUGAAAUAAAGCUCAACAUUAGGACAAUAUGAAUUGCCAUGUAAUUUGGAUGAAAGAUUUUUUCCUGUGUAAGAAAGGGAAGGAAACCCAAACUGCUGGGGUUUUUCUCAAAAUGCUUGUAAGUAAUUGCCUGCUCUGUUCAGUGAUGAUAUUAAGGUGUUACCAGCACAGGGCAAUUUAUUGGUGUGAUCAGAGAACUUGUUGAUCCUGAAUCUUGUUCACAUUGCAGGACUGUUGCCUCUACAAACAUGAAUGAUGUCAGUAGUAGAUCACAUGCAAUUUUCACUAUUUUAUUCACGCAGGUAAGGAAACAAAUCAAUUGUUAGUUUGAUUCCCAGUAGAUUAAAAUAUGAUGCUGCAGUUAUCAGCCACAGGUACAUAUUUCAUCCUUGGAAGUGGCGACAGUCAUUGACAUUAUUUUGUAGUAAUGUAUUUUAUUACGUCAUAAUUUUCUGUUUCAUGUGGUAGUAAUGAAAGAUGCACAUACCUGAGGUCUAGAAUUAAAGUUCUGUGAAUCAGCAAUGUUAGUGCUUUGCUUUAAUUUACUUAAGAUAAAAUUUUCCUUAUUACGGAUAUGUUUUUAUAAUUAUCUUUCAGGCCAAGUUCUAUACUGACAUGCCCAGUGAAACUGUUAGUAAAAUCCACUUAGUUGACUUGGCUGGCAGGUUAGUAUCUGUGGAGAUCAAAUCCAUAAUUCUCCUUCUCAUUUGCUACUUGUUUCCUUGUAAAUAGGUUAAGGAAAAAUGCUUUUUUAUGUAAUAAAUUUGUCUUUUGUCAUAGAAAAACUAAUCUUUCUUGUUUGAUUGACUGAGUAAAGUAGUAAUAAUAAUACAGUAAUAAAACUUUAUUUAAACACAAUAAAUAUUUAAAGCUAGAGGCUUGUGGGAUUGUGUUACAACAAAAUUAAUAUAACAUAUGUAAUAUUAAUAAAUAAUAAUAUAUAUAAAUUUAUCUAAAAAUAUAAAAAUAUAUACAACUUCUUUGAAGUGAUUACGAUGUAAUAUCUCAGACAUAACUAAGCAGUCACUCCUAAUCCUACAAACACCAACAAAAACCAUUAGUCUAUUGAUCUCUAUUGUCAUUGAUCAAAUUCAGAACAACUGCACAACAAUGUCUGAUGAUUAAGUCAAUCAAUCCUAAUAGUUACUUUGUUGUUGCAGUGAGAGAGCAAACUCCACUGGUGCUACAGGAAGCAGAUUAAAAGAGGGAGCUAACAUCAACAAAUCUCUUGUUACAUUGGGAACUGUUAUCUCAGCAUUAGGUAAUAACUAUCCUGGGUUACUGGUGUUGUAUUGACUUCUUGGGCAAGAUACCUUCAUUUAACAGUGCUUCUGUCCAUCAAGUGAUGAUUUGUUUUGUUAAGUGGAAGUUCUGGGUUUUGUGUUAUUCUUGUAGCUGAAGCAAGUGAGAAUUCCAUCAGUAAAGAUCCUAAGAAGAAACUGUUCAUCCCUUACCGCAACUCUGUGUUAACAUGGCUACUGAAAGACAGUUUGGGAGGAAAUGCCAAGACAAUCAUGAUAGCAGGUUAAUAUUUUUUUCAGUUAUGCCAGUGUUUAACUUGGCAAAAGAGACAAGCUUGUAAAUUUUGGUCAAGUUUCUUGUCAGAAACAAGCUUUAUGAGCAAAUCUAUUUUGAUGAUUACUGCUGGUACAAGUUUGCUGAUGUUUGAUUUUCACUUUGCUGUUAAACAUUUGAUUUAGGAAGAACAAAGAUGCUUUUAUGCCUUUUACUCCUAAAAUCUUAUUGUUAGUUCUCCCAUCCAGCUGCAAUACAUUUCGUAGGGAAUAAAUCAAGAGAAUGUGGUGUUAAGUUAAGGCAACAACUUCUCUUUGAUGCGUUUGAAUAUUCUCAUUACCAGUUAACUGAAUAUUUUAUGGGUUUCAGAGGGAGAAACUAAAUGUUAAUCACUUCUGGGAGUUUAAGUGUUAUGAAUAUUAAUUUCUCUUUCCUCAUAGCCAUAUCACCAGCGGAUGUGAACUAUUCAGAGACUCUUAGCACGUUACGUUACGCCAAUAGAGCCAAGAACAUCAUCAAUAAACCCACAGUCAAUGAGGUUUGUUAUUUAACUGAAUCAAUGAUUAUGAGUGGAGUUGGCAGGAUUUUCAGUGUGUCUGGGGGGUAGGGGUGGGGGAUUUCACACCCUAGCAUUUUACUGGUUAGUGUGGGUAUGCCAGAUUGUUUUAUCAUAUACAUGUAAUAACAUUUGUCUGAUAAAUAUCAAGAUACCAUACACUUUUGUACCCCACCACCCAUCUCUAUCCACUUCUUUCCCAGCUCUCCCCCCCCCUCCCCCCCCCCACCCACUCCUUGUCUUUAGCCCGGGUUUUAUCUGCCGUUAUGUUAUUAUGUCUUGAAAAAAACUAAAACAAAAUGUCAUCUUAGUGUAAAUUGUAAACUGUGUUAAAACUAGCGGUAGGGGAAGUCACAUACUCCUUAGGCCACCCCCCUCAGCUAAGUCCACGGUUACGCCUCCAAGCUGCACAUGUUUUAGUUGUCCACGUACAGCGAAAUGUAAAGGCCAGUUUUGGUUUUAUUUUACGGAAGUUUUCCUGGAGAAAGAUAACUUACUCUAUGUAGCGCUUUUAUUUUAAUGUUUUAAACAUAGAUCCAAGUGGUCUAAAAUAUUUGUUCAUUAUCAUUCAGGACCCUAACGUGAGACUGAUCAGGGAAUUAAGGGCUGAGAUAGACAGACUCAAAGUGCUCCUGCAGGCUCACGGACAGGUAUGCAAACUACAGAGGAUAUGUGCCAUAUUUGGUGGUCAGGUGGAAAAUCACGAUUCUUACUUUUCUAACCUCGUUAAAUAUCAAACAGGAAUUAAUUGCUGUGUAGUAGCUGAGCGGAAAUGUUCUUACUUGGAGAGUUUGGGAAACUGUGUGUGCCCAAAUUACAGUUAUUUGAAAUUUUCGUGGUUGAUGGAAAAGGAAUGUAAAAAGUGACAAACAUGAAUCAAGGUCAGGAUUUUUCAGUCCUGCAUUUCUUCUCUUAUAUCGUCCCAGGUUUUCAGUUGUUUAUUCUUUUUGUUCCUUUUUUUUUUCUAAUGCAAAGCGCUUGGCUCAAAGAUUGUCAAAAUAUUUAAAUUCCCUCAAGGAAAUUAACAUUAUGAAUAAAUUGGGUUUGGGAGGAUAAAUGCAUUCACAAGGCAAGUCUUUUUAACGGACAGUUUCCCUACUCCGACGACGAUAAGAAAGGUGACGAAACGACAACGUGAUGACGACCCGACUACGGUACGACACGGCGACGACACGAAUACGAAAACGACGACGACGAGCAAAUAGCUACAAGGACUCGUAACAGUAUAUUUGAUUCAUCGUUUCUUUAUUAUGAUGUUAGGAUGGAGUUGGCGAGCUUGGUGCGGCAGAGGAGUCGCAAAUGACCGAGAGACUGCACGAGAACGAGGCGCGAGUCGAAGAACUCACUAAAAACUGGACCAGCAAAUGGCGGGAAACGCAAAAAAUUAUUGAGGUAAGUAAAUAGUCUGAAACAAGUGGGACGCAAAUUUUUUCGUCCUUUAAGUAGCUCGAUCCGUAAACAAGCUUAUGGAGAUCUUGAAAGAAUUACUGACGAAGUGGUUGUCGUUGUUGUUGUUUUUUUUAUAAACAGGAGCGAGCACUUGGCUUCAGAUAUGAGGGAGCUGGUAUCAAAAUGGAGUCAGAGCUUCCUCAUUUGGUCUGCAUUGAUGAUGACGUUCUCAGUACAGGAGUAACACUUUACCAUUUGAAGGUAAGUGUAAUAUUCUUAUAAAAGGCUCUUUUCUAUGAAGUGUCGUUAGACCAAGAUCAAAGUGUUCACGACUUCAAAUCAGGAGAAAGAAAAAUAUUAGAAGGGACCAGUGAGAAUGAGGUUUAACUCUAACUUCCACGAGUGACCAAGAUAGAAUUUCUCCUCACAAUAUCAAUACAAUAUCAAGCAGACAAGUGAUGAGAAUAAAGGAAAAUAUCAGUUAGGGGAUUAUAAGUUGAUCCAAUACCAAAUUCUUCAAACCAACAUCACAAGAACCGUAUGGCAGACAGUAAGAAGAAUUACUAAUGAGAUCUUGGAAGUUAAAGUGUUAAGUCGGGCAUGUGAUUGGUUUUAUGGAUGGCGCAAGUUCUUAGUUUAAUUACGGCGCGAAUUAAAGCAAAACAGAAGUCAAUCCCGGGUUUCUUUCGAUGCCUAAUUGAAGACAGCUUAAUUCCUGCCGCCCCCUAAAGGAACAGCGUGCAGUUAGCUCUUUUAACAUCAACUGGAGAUUUUCAAGUUUAUUUAAAACGUUGGCUAGAGGAACUGAUACAUUUAGUAAGGAGAUGUAGAAACAUAAGUAGAAAAAUGUAUUGCCGGCAUUUUGUUGUCGUUUUCUUUGUACCAGUUCAGCAGUCUGUUUUCUUAUUCUUUAAUUCAUAGGAUGGGAUGACUUACAUCGGAAGAGAGGAUGCAAAUUUUAAUCCUGAUAUAGGUUGGUCUGGAUUUUAAUCAGUCAAUUUGCGUAGCUGGCGGUUUUCGGAAGCCAGGGGAGCAGUGAAUUUGGUAACGGACAUUUUCUCCUUCCCAGUCCUCUUGCGGAAUGGGAAGACCUUCGCCACUUAAAUUUUUUUUUUGAUGCAGUUCGUUACGCAAGAAACUUGUAAGCGUGUGAAUGGAAAGAGAAAAUCGCCAGAGCUAGAGUUUGUUUUCAUCCUGAAAGCUCGUUCUUUAUGCAUAGUCCUCAAGAGAGUUGAUAAAAUAAAAACAAAGUGUAUAAAAUCACAUCUGAGAGGUGAUCCCAACUGUUUGAGUUAACAUCAAGAACUAACCGUUGAAUGGAAAUUGUGAAACACAAGAUGGAAGAAUUUUCUUUUUUAUUACGCUCAGAGAUCGUUGAUAGUCUUUCAAUGACCAUAUCAACUUGAUUUGUUGUUCUCGAACAACUGUCCACACUUCAGUCUUAACAGUUUUUUUGUCUUGUUUUUGAGAAUUUAAUAUUGAUCAUACUUAGGAGAACACGUUUUGAAAAUGUAGCAACGUUAACAAUAAACAUUCUGACAGACAUUGAUAUUAAAACUCUCCCUCUUGUGCUCAUCAGUGUUAUCAGGACCUGGUGUUGAAGCUGAACAUUGUAUCAUGGAAAGUAUUGAAGGAACAGUUAUUCUUCAUCCUAUCGCCUCCCUGUGCCAAGUGAAUGGGCUUCCUGUGGGCAAGUCACAGCGGAUCAGUCAGGGUAGGUGUACUCUGCACUUCCUCGACUUGUAUUAACUCUUCACACCCUAACAUCAGUUUGUAUUUUCCCAUUACCGAUUCUUUAUACAUUUCGUAAGGUUCUGACAAGGAGAAUUUGUGUACCAAUCAGAAGCUUCUUGCGUUGGUGAUCAUUUCCUUUACUCUCAUGACCCUAACGUCUGAUACAGGGUUGAUAUUGUAGGGAGAAGUUUGAUGCUAGUCACUCUUAGGGUUUAAAGGGUUAACUCAUCACACCUUAACAUCAGUUUUUAUAUUCUCCGUACUGUUCUCUUUACAUCUUCUCAAGUGAUGACUGGGAGAAUUAUUGUUUUAUUCAUUGUGUCUGUUUUUGUUUCCACAGGAGAUGUAAUUUUACUUGGAAAGACCAACAUGUUGCGGUUUAACCAUCCUCAGGAAGCUGCGAAAUUGAGAAAAAAGCGAUACGUGAGUAGUUUUGUUGUUUAAAAGUUUUCAAAAAAGGUGAAGUAGGAAAUUAUUUUUAUCGUUUUCGUGAUCUUUGCAGUACGAGUCGAUGGAGAAUUUAGCGGACCUUAGUUCAGAGCCAGAGAGAGAACCUUCUUACAUGUUCUAUAAUGCCGGGUGAGUAUCAGAUGAUCUAUGGUUUGAUAUUUGAUAUUUACAACACAUGAAUAUUCUCGAACUGAUUUAAAGACACCACUUUAAAGGCAAUUACUUUCACGAGAUUAAGAAAACUAUCUCGAAGAAAAAAAGUAGACCUCCCUUUUGCCCUUCUCACCAUUUGCAUCAACUUCAAGCUCUCGUUAAAAAGUAAGAGUUACUUAGUAAAUUCUUGCAUCAGUGUUAAUAUCUCAAGUAUGAACAGAUUGAGUUAUUCACGAGCUGCCUGAUAUCUGUGCCCCAUAAAGUCUUGAUUGUGAUAGCGAUUUUGCUCUUAACAACUAAUUUUUUAAACAAAAUUGUAGCUUGGAGCUUGAGCGUCAGUAUCGGGAAGAAACUCGGAGAAUUGAGGAACAAAGGUAAAUAGAGAGCCAUGAAAUGUUAUUUUCGAUUUUUAGUCGCUUGGGUUGCUAGAGAAUCGUUCUAACUUUUUAUUUUAUUUUAUUCUAUUUUUCUCCCAUUACACAGACGAUGUCUUGAAACUCAACAGAGAGAGGCUGCUGACAAACUAGAGGAAGCAAGGUUUGGUGACAUAAUUUUACAUCUUUGAAUCACUCUCGGUUUAACGCAUGAGUAGAAGUGGGAGUGGUUUAAUUCUGGUCCAGUAGCCAUGUCGUUAUGUACUCUCAUGUCAUUGGAAGCGUCAGAAUGACUUCGUUAUGUAAUACGCGUUGCAUCUAACUGGAAUAAUCCGAUGAUGUGGAUUUUUAGAAACUCAUUGUGGUACAUUUGUUGAAUUUGAGCUUUUUUUCUUCUCAGACGUGAACUGGAGUUCCUCCGUUCCCAGCAACAGAGAGCUUCUGAAGUUCGAAGUGCAGAGGAGGUGGAACGAAGAAAGGAACUAGAAGCGAGUCACCAACAGUUAGAACUACAGAAGAAAUAUCUGGAGGAGAUACGAGAAGAACAAGAACUGGCGCGAAAACGAGCCGAAGAUGAAAUAAGACAGGUAUUUUGAAUGAAAAUAGGGUAAUUUUCAAUAGAGUGUCGAAAAUAAUCUGGAAUUGCGCUAGGCAAUUUGGUUUUAUCAAUUAAGUUGAUAAUAUAAAUUGGCCACCGUAAAGAGUUAUAAAGCUCACGUUUCAAGCAUUAGCCCUUCGUCAGAGCGAAGGAAUUGCUCUAGUUUUGCUUCACUUCGAGCUGUGUGGUCCCGAAAACUCGUCCCACCCUCUCAACCAAUUAGUGGCAAAGAACUAGCUGGGACUUUUUAAUUACGUUUUCCCUUGCAUCAGUCAAUUUCUUCGUUUUUAUUUUGAAUUCUUAUUUGUGCCUUGAGACAUUUGUCUUUGUUCUGAUCUCUCUGUUGCGCGACUGAACCAGGUGAAGGAAAGGAUCCGUCAAGAACAAGAGGAAGAGAGGCAGCGGCUGGAGGCUGAAAUGCAGCGCCUGGUGGCCCUUGAAGAAGAUCACAGGAAGAAGGUUCAUAUCAAAGAGCAAGAGAUGGGAAGAAUCAAGGAGGACCUGGAGAAAAAGUGGGACCAAGAACGACGACAGGUAAACAGCGAGAACUGAUACGAAGAGUGAAAAGAAAGAAAAAGAAGUCAGAGAUUUGUAAAUUGUGCAGUAGUGUGCGGGUAUGACAAAUAACAUUAUUUUAUAACAAGGAAAUAUCGAGGGGAUGUAACUUUUGGUUAAAUUGCUGUGGGAAUGUGGUGAAGAGAUUUUUGGAUGAUAGUAGUAGGCUGGGAACGCCUUUGAAAAGAACUAACAUGACUGACCAGUAAAAGAGAAAGCGGCAUUUUUUCAAGUUGGAUGUGAAAGCCUCAUCUUUUAUUGGCCAAUAAUCAGCAAGUUGUCUUAGAUUCAUUAAGUAAUCUUAUGAAACUAGAAUUUUGAAAGAUCUUUUCCAGACAGAUAUGUACUUUUUUCCUCAUUCAUCUGCUGAAAAAAAUAUAAUUUUUAUUUACUCUAAUGUAAAUUUUGUUGUUAGGUUGAAAUGCAGAGGGAAGAGGUGGCAAAACUUCAGCAGGAAAUUGAAGCUAAAUCACAAGAACUGGAAGCAGCUGAGCGGGAAGCAAGGGCUACUGCACAGCGUAACAGCGUCGCAUCUUCAUCUGGAACUCUUAGUCCCUCUGCUAGCAGUGACGCCUUGCAAGGGUCCGCAGAAGGAAGCGAGGAAGCAGCUGAAGCAGCUGUCGAAACAAAAGCAGAAGCGGCUGCUGAAGCAGCUGCUCGGGCGGAGCCUGACGAAAAGUCACAACUUGAGGUACUUCGUGAACGACUUAGGCAGCUGGAGGUUGAUUACGAGGAGCAGCGGAAGGAAGCACAGAGAGAGGUGGCACAGGCUAAAGAUUCUGUCAGGCGAGUGGAGCAGGAAACGUUGGAGGGACUCCGCAGCCUCACUACUGGAAAGUCAGCCAUUGAAGGGGAGUGGCGGCGGCUGGAAGAGGUUCAGGCCAAGCACAAGAGGGCACAGGAACAGUCUUACGCCAAGAUUAGGGACGUACGGGAGAUGCUGGAGAACGCGGAAGAGGUGGAGGAAGCUUCUCUCAUAGAAAAAGAGAAGAUGAUCAUGGAGAGAAGAGCAGCGAGGAUGAAAGUUGAGGAGGCAAGACGGAGGUUGGAAGAGUUAGAAAACGAAGAUAAGGAAAGUGAGUUGACUGAAGCAGAUUUUACCAAAAAGAAAGAACUUCUAGAAUUCGAAACACGGGAAGAAAUAAAAGAUAUCAGGGAGGAACGGAAGAUCAUCAACGAACUGCUGAAUAAACAUCAAACAGCGCUGCAGAAAGCAACGCUAAUGGUGACGGAGACCAAGACUAAGCUUGAGAAACACCUGGAGAGCGAGAAAUUGAUCCUGAUGCCACUGCGAGAGAAGGUUGAGAGCUUGGUAAGGAAUGAACUCGGACCUCUGAUCGAAUACGAACAGGAGAUAGAGAAAAGGUGUGAAGACGUCGAUCGCGAGGGUCGAGAACGCAAGAAGCUCAUUUACAAGCAAAGGAGGCGGAUUGCGUUGCUGGAACGACAGCACAGCCAAGCGCUGCAGCAGGCAGAGAAGGAGACUUUGAACGAAGAAGAGCUGGAGGAGUUGGAGAACGAGAGAGAAGCUGAACGGAGUUUGAUCCGGAAAGAGAAAGUGCGAUUGCUUGAGCUCGAGAAGAAGCACAAAGAGCAGCAGGAGGUAGCAGAGCUGACGAUUGGAGAAGCUGUACAGGAACUGGAGAAACGGAAGGGUACCGUCAACCAGCUGCUGGAGACCGAGAGGCGGAAACUCGCAGACCUGGAGGCUGUGCAUAAGGAGACGCUGGAGCACGUGGAACAAGAAUUAGAGCAGCGCUCAGAGAUCCUGCACCGAGUCAAGGAUAAAGUACAGAAGGAUAAACGGCAGCUGGCGAAGCUUGAUGUGAGGCAACAACGCUGCGCAGCGAAAGCUGCUGAGGAGUUGUUUCUCAUGGCGGACUUGUUGGAAAAGGAAAUGAGUGAUAAGGGAAAAACAGACGAGCUGUUAAGGAUCAAAGAACAGAGGAAAAAACUGCAGGAACUUGACAAACAAUUGAGAAUGGCGGAGAAGAGGGAAAGAACGUCGCGGGAUGAUCAAGAAAAUCAACAAUGCACUCUGCUAUAGACAUUCCCAACUUUCUCUAAACGUACCUGUGAUUUGAUGUUCGGGGAUAUUCCAAUCUUGUAGCAGAAAGGUAUUUCUGUUAGUUGUUAUAGAAAGAGUUAUUUGAAGUAAGUAGGAAUCGCAAUAUAUCUAAAAUAAAUUGUCUCCCCGGGAACAGGGAACCUGCUGAGUUUAGUUUCCCUUUAGUUUCGUGCGUUGAAGCGAUCUUUUAUUCUCCCUUACAUAUUUAUAGCUAAUGAUAUUUCGCUUUUGUGUGAUGAUAUUAGAAUUUCAAACGAAAGAAAAGGCUUCAACUAAUGUUUUUGCAAUUAUCUUUAUUAUUCGAAAUUAAAAAUCUAUUCAAGAACUUGUUUUGAUAUAUUUACCUUUCAGUUUAAUCGGUAUUUUUUUUGAGAUGUUAUGUCAAAUGUCGUUGAAGUGACUUUUUCCGUAACUGUAGUUCUUGACAAGGUUAUUUAAGUAUCUUUGAAAUAAUCUGCAAUUGUAAAUAUUUGAGCCAUUGAAAAGUGAAAGUUGUAAAUUAAUGAAAGGUAGAUUUAUUUCGUUAACAAUCAGAAGGUGCUAAGGUGAAAUCUACUAGACUAUUAUAGAUUAAAUUGGUUAAAGAAACUAAAGCUUUUCGUGGCAAACAUUAUUUAAUCUAAAGUUAACUUAAAUGUCCUUAAUCCAAACAAGAUUUUAUUUAUUUCGAUGAAAUAAUUUAAGAUUUAGUUUUCCCUUUUUUCAAAUUUUCGCGGCGAUCAAGGCUGACAAUAAAUUGUACAAAGUAUAAAUUUCCCUGUUUAUAAGGUAUCAAUGGUGGAAUGGAGAUGUAAAAAAAAAUAAGUGUUUGGAUGCAGAACAAAACAGCGACAUCUCCGAGGGUAUAUCCCAGGGAUUUGAUAUCCCUGGGGUUUGGAACGGUUAAGAUCCAGAGAAGAAAAAUUUCUUAGAUUGUAUCCGCUGAAAUGUUGAUUGUUUGCAGAAUUGCAGGAUAAUGUGCUCUUGGUAAUUAAAAAGUCCAAACAAUAAAAUGUAAUGGGAUGAAAUUUGUGUCUUUUUUUUCUUCUUUACGGUCAGUUUCGUUUAGAAAUUGUUCCUUGGUCAGUAACACGUCGCAGACGGGCGGGGAAAGCAU